UUUAAGGUGGAAGCCAACCCGGUGCACUCUCUCUCAGUCUUUCUCUCGCGGUGACAGCGAUAGAUCCAACCCACUCCAAAAUUUUCUAUAUAAAUCCAAUUUCUCGCGCACACACUCUCUGGCUUAUAACUUAACACUCUUUCAGCUAUUCCACGUUAAAUCAUGGAACCGCCAUUGCAGCAAAAAUCGCCGCAACCGCCACCACGAACCGCCACCAUCCUCGGGAAGUACCAGCUGACGCGCUUCCUCGGCCGCGGAAGCUUCGCCAAGGUCUACCAGGGGAGAUCCCUCGUCGACGGCUCCGCCGUCGCCGUGAAAAUAAUCGACAAAUCGAAAACCGUGGACGCCGGCAUGGAGCCACGUAUAAUCCGCGAGAUCGACGCCAUGCGCCGCCUCCACCACCACCCUAACAUCCUCAAAAUCCACGAGGUGCUCGCAACCAAGACCAAGAUCCACCUCGUCGUGGAGCUCGCCGCUGGCGGCGAGCUCUUCGCCAAAAUCUCCCGCCGCGGAAAGCUACCGGAGUCCACCGCGCGCCGCUACUUCCAGCAGCUCGUUUCGGCGUUGCGGUUCUGCCACCGCAACGGCGUGGCCCACCGCGACCUGAAGCCGCAGAACCUCCUCCUCGACGGCGACGGAAACCUCAAGGUCUCCGACUUCGGGCUCUCCGCACUGCCGGAGCAGCUCAAGAACGGCCUCCUCCACACCGCCUGCGGCACGCCGGCGUACACCGCGCCGGAGAUACUCCGCCGGAGCGGCGGCUACGACGGGUCCAAGGCCGACGCCUGGUCCUGCGGCCUCAUCCUCUUCGUCUUCCUUGCCGGACACCUCCCGUUCGACGACACCAACAUUCCGGCGAUGUGCAAAAAAAUUUCCCGACGAGAUUACCAGUUCCCGGAGUGGAUUUCAAAACCAGCCCGUUUUGUUAUCCACAAAUUACUCGACCCGAAUCCGGAAACCCGAAUUAGCCUGGAGUCCCUGUUUGGGAACGCGUGGUUUAAGAAAUCACUAAACCCGGAAACGGCGGAAGAAAACGCGUUGGGGCUGAGUUAUGUGAAGAGUAGUUAUAAUUACGAAGGGAGUAAAAAAAGUUCGGGAGUGACAGCGUUUGACAUAAUAUCGAUGUCUUCGGGUUUGGAUUUGACGAGGUUGUUCGAAACGACGUCGGAUUUGGGGAGUAAAAGAGAGAAGAGGUUUAGUUCGAGUGCGAGAGUUGAGGUGGUGGAAGAGAAAGUUAAGGAAGUGGGUGGGGUAUUGGGGUUUAAGAUUGAGGUUGGGAAGAGUAACGGUGCAAUUGCUUUGGUGAAAGGGAAGGUGGCUUUGGUGUUUGAGGUGCUUGAGAUUGUGCCUCAUGAACUUCUUUUUGUGGCGGUUAAGGUGGUGGAGGGUGCGUUGGAGUUUGAGGAACAUCAUUGGGGGGAUUGGAAAGAUGCCUUGCAAGAUCUCGUGCUCUCUUGGCACAACCAAGAAUCGUGAUCAUCAGUUAAUGAUAGGUAUAGUUAGUUCUUCUCAAGUGAAGGAUCUACAUGAGGUUUGAUGUUGAAGGACUAAUUGCAGAACAUGACAUGCACACUCACAUCGUGCUCGUCCUGAUGAGAAGAAACAAACAAGGUUGAUGAUGCUUGUUUUGUGAUUUGAUUUUGAUUUUGUGUUGAAGCUUAGUUAUAGGUGUAUUAAUUUAUAUAUGAUGGUUUGAAAAAUAAAAGUUGUUGUUAUGUAUACAUGAGAAUGGUGGCUAAAUGUAUUCAAUUCUCCGUUUUGAGUUCAUAGAAAAAAAUUGUGUUUCUAUCGUUGUUAAUUGGUUAAUAUGAUUAUUUUAUUA